UCUAGUCAAAACUAAAAAAAGGUGAGUCAAAAUAAAACGGGAAAGAAAGGCACAUGACAUGAGAUAAGAGGAGAGUAACACCAACAGCCUAGGACUAGGAGAGCGUUUGUCCAAUCGAGAGCUGAUUAAUUAGAUUGGAAAUCUACUGUGUCUGUGUCUCACUUAGUCCUUUAAUUCAAAACUCAAACCCAAACCCUACUCUAGUCUUCUCGUCGAUUCUCCAGGCUAAUAAGUUAGGGUUCGAUUCCGUAAUGGGAAGCAAAAGAGAAGAAGAGCGAAAUGAAAAGAUCAUUCGUGGUCUCAUGAAGCUUCCUCCCAAUCGGAGAUGCAUCAACUGUAACAGCUUGGGUCCUCAGUAUGUGUGUACGAAUUUUUGGACUUUCAUCUGUGUGACUUGCAGUGGGAUACAUCGCGAGUUUACUCAUCGUGUGAAGUCUGUAUCCAUGGCUAAGUUUACAUCUCAAGAAGUUGAAGCACUUCAAAAUGGUGGUAACCAGCGUGCAAGAGAAUUAUAUUUGAAGGAUUGGGACCUUCAAAGGCAGCGAUUGCCUGAUAGCAGCAAUGUUGAUAAAAUACGUGAAUUUAUAAAGAAUGUGUAUGUAGAGAGAAGAUAUGCUGGAGGAAAGACUACUGACAAGCCUCCGAGAGAUGUGCAGAGCCUUAGAAGCAAUGAAGACGAGGCAAGGCGUGCCAGUUCUUAUCAUUCUUAUUCUCAGAGUCCACCUUAUGAUUAUCAAUAUGAAGAUCGACGGUAUGGAAAACAAUUUGCUGCACUUACCAGGAAGCCUGGUUCGGAUCGAGGCCAUUAUGAGGGGAAGAUGUCUAGUUUUGUCUACAGUCCUGGUCGGUUAAGUGAGCCAAUGUAUGAGGACCGGUUUGCAAAUGAGGGCUCAGUUUCCAGAGGUUCAGACUACUCUGUGUCUAGUGGAGGUGAUCCAUUCAGAUCUGGUGCAGAGUCUCCUAAUUUUCGCAAGGAUGUUAGAUUUAACAGCCCACCUGUUCAGACUUCAAGGGGUAGUUUAAGUGAUGACUUAUUUUUUCGAGCAGCAAAUUCUUCUGAGACAAAUUCCAAAAGAGAUGCAGAUGGAAUUCCACGUCCACAGAGAACUGCUUCUUCAAGUAGCUUUGGAUCAGUGGAGAGCCACUCCCAGUCUUACAAGUCAUAUAACUCGGGUGGUUUAACAGAAGUUGUCUCAGAACCGGAUCAACCUGCAGGAAUUUUCCAGGGUACAGUGUCUACCCUUCCACGAUCAUCUGUUUCCGGAAAUUCUAGUAGUUUAGAUCUUUUCAAGGCACCCCUUGUACCAGAACCAGUCUCUUCUGCCGCUUCAUCCAUUGAUUUGUUUCAAAUGCCAGCAACAUCAUCGGCUCCAUCUCCAGCCUCAUCUGUGAAUGUGUAUCAACCUCCACAAACUUUUCCAUCGUCAUCCUUAAACUCCUUUCCAGAGAUUCCUCAGCAGCAGUCAGCUACAACCUUGGAUAGAGAAACACCACAAAUAUCUGUCCCUAAAAAUGAAGGAUGGGCAACGUUUGAUUCACCUCAGCCCACAGCAUCUGUUCCACAUGCUGAAAAUCCUACCCCUGCAAAAGCACCUUCUAGUGAUGUAGGCUCGUUGGAAAAGUUUGACCCGUUUUCAUCCUUAGAUACAAACAUACAAUGGCCAUCAUUUCAUCUUGAAAGUGUUCAUGGGCCUUCUUCAAUAAUGUCUAAUCAAUGGCAUGAUGGUUUGCACAAUGUUCAAGCUCCCACGAUAGCAACAAGCACUCCGGUGUGGAAUGCAUUUGAAGAUUCCAUUGGGAACCUUCCUUUGAAUGCCAAUGUGAAAGGUAGUGAACUACAGCUAGAAACUCACAAUCUUUCAUCAACUGCUGAUCAGUAUUUGGGCUUUAGAGGUUUAGAGGACUCCUGUAAAGAUGGGAUUCAAAGAGAUGCUGUUUAUUUUCCCCCAGGUCCUACUGAACAGUCACAUGUCAUGGGGCCAUCCUAUCCUCUGAUGGGGGAGAUUCAAUCACAUGCAGUGGAUGUUAAAUCAAGAAAUCCAUUUGAUCUUCCUAAUGAUUCUGAUUUGGAACAGAGCAAUAUGUUUUUGGACAUGAGCUCCUUGCAAGCUGCUCUUCCUAAUGCACAGUUGCCAUCCACCUAUCAUGGUGGUGUAUCUCAACCAUGGUUCCCGCAAAAUCCAAUGACUCCUUAUAUUCCGGCUGCAGGACAAGGUGGCUUAACAUAUAUGGCAGGGCAAGCACCAAGCUCCCAAAUAGGGAAUGUUCCAUCACAGGGGCCUUUCAGUUCUAUUGGAGGAAACCCUUUUGCAUAGGACUUUGCUGUCGAAAUUAUUAUUUUCAUUAUUCAGUUUGUAGUAGAGGUUUUUCACUAUUUAUAUCUAACCUUAUUCUAAGCUAGAAUAAUUAAUUUCCGUGGUAUUAUUUAUUUUUGAAUUCUUUGUGAAAAAUAAAAUUUAGUGAGUAACUUUCAGCCAAACUGCAAGGCCGUG